AUGAAGACCGCAGUUGACUGGUACGGUAUAUGGCGAGACGUAUGCACAAAGGCCCUCCUACAAGAAGUAGGUCAACUCGGUGGGCCCGACAUCGAAGUCCAAGUCGACGAAACGAUGAUUUCGCGACGCAAAUACAAUGUGGGGCGACUGAAGAAGCAGAAUUGGAUUAUGGGUAAGUGAACAGUGCAUUGUCACUUCAUUUUAGGCAUGUAUGAUUCGGCCAAUAAGAAAGCCCUAUUCGAGCAAGUAAAUGAUAGCAGCUGGCCGUCCCUAAGGGCUGUCAUAAGGAAGUGGAUUGCGCCAGGCAGCGUGAUAGUCACUGAUGAAUGGAAAGGAUAUGCACGUUUGACGGAUGAAGGAUAUCGACAUUUAACGGUCAAUCAUUCCGUUAAUUUUGUCGACACUAUCAGUCGAAAGAACACGAACGCUAUCGAAGCCUACUGGAGUAGGCUGAAAGAAAAAUAACGUGAGCACGGUCCCAUCCGGGGAAGGAACAUCUGGGUUCAUGUAGACGAAGCCCAGUACCGCCUCUGGUAUGGCCUCAAGGCAGGCAAUUUGUCCCAAGCAUGGGAAUUGUUCUUAAAGCAUAUAGCCGACGCUUACCCGGUUGGUGACCGUACUUGUUCAGCGGAAGACGGAGCGCAGCUGACGCAAAGGUAAGCGUCGGCCACUGAUGACAUAACACAUUAUAUUAGUUAAAUGCAGACGCACGAAGUGUCACCGCAACACAAAACCUAAACGAUGAGCAACCCAGAAGGAAGCACGCAAUCAAGAGAACCCAACGGAAGCGAAAUGAUAUGACAGCCCUUUUUGUGUCAAUAGUGAAUGCAUCUGUAUUUUGAUUACUGGCCUACCCUCAUAAACCAUGGUCAAUGGACUAGGCUGCGGCGACAAAGUGCGAAAAACUUGAUGACGCAGUAGCCAAAUAGGUGGACCGCCUGCCUCGCUGCUAACGGACUAAACGAAACACCUGAAGUGAGGGAUCGGAAGAGGAGUUCACUUGACAGGGAAAACCGCAUGCUAACCCUGCACACGCAUUUGAGGCAGUGCGCGCACGCAACUGACAAGGCGGUUGAAGUGAAGAAGAAAGUCAUCCUGACUGGGCGUCUGCGUAUUCACCCCCGGACAUAAUGCCAACCGCAAUAAAGCUAUAGAUAGUAGGUACCGGUAAGGCAGUGCUCGCAUGCAACUGGAAUCAUAAGAAGCACGGUAAAUCGCAAUCCGCCUGGAAUAAAACUGUUGCCUUUUACUAAGGAUUUCCGUGUGGGGGGUGCAAUACAAUGAAUCUAUAUGGACAUUCUUGCAGCACCACGUUCGCGGGGUGGUUGAAGUUACGAAGGAAGUCAACCAUGACAGGGCCUCUGCGCGUUCACCAGAAGGAAGUCAUCCUGACAAGUCGAUCUGCGCGUUCACUAUAACACAUGAUGAGGACGUAAGCACGGCUAGGCAUGCAAUUUGAGCCAUAAUGGGAAGCAUCAUCAAUCGUAAUCCGCCUAGAAUAAGCCCCUCGCCUUUUACUAAAGAUUUCCGUGUGGGGGGGGUGCAAUACAAUGAAUCUAUAUAGACAUUCUUGCAGCACCACGUUCUCGGGGCGGUUGAAGUUACGAAGGAAGUCAUCCUGACAGGGCCUCUGCGCGUUCACCUUUAACACACAAUGGGGACGUAAUCACGGCUACUGAAAUCAAGCCAGUAGCUACAAUUGUAGAAACCGGGCGCAAGGCUACCAACUACCCUCCUACCGACUGAGAUGUCCAUUGCUGGUUUAUAAGAUGUCAUCAGCCAACCAUAUUCACCCCAAGUUUUGCAAGCCCUGAGGCUUGAACCUCAGACCUGCUUGUUUAAAGUUAAACGUCUUAACCUCUAGGUGUUUGUUUCGAUCGUCUAUUUUCCGUGCUUAUUCAACAACAGGGCAUUUAAGACGGGUUAGAAUGCCAAUUUGCCUCUUAGUCCAUUUUCAUGUAUUCAUGAAAACACUAUGAUAAAAUCUCUUCGCGGAACAUACCCAAUCCUUCACCUAAUAAGUGUAUCGUAACCUAUGAAUCACCCAUGAGUUGGUAGUCAGAAGAAGUUAAGAUCAUGAUCCCGUUCCAGGUAGUUUGCAUAUAACACCAAGGGCGAAUCAUGCGAUUCCGAGGAAUGCCUGUCUGUACAGACUGUCCCACUCUGUGAUCAUCAGAUAUCAUGCAUCUGCAAACGCAUAACAUGGAGUGAAAUUAAUUACAAUUAUUAUUCGCGUAAGUUAAGGGUCAAUUUAAAUGACUUCCACGAAGUCUGAGGCCACAUUUUCCUUUCACCCGUCGCAAGCAUUUCGCUAGACAGCGGAUACUGUGUGAAUUCUAACUAUACCCAUGACACGCGGAGUUUUGCUCUCCAAACGUAGGCUUCCUGAAUAAAACAGAUCAGAGUACCGUUAUUUAAGUUCGUCUGGCUUAGGCUCUAUGUUGGAGAGCAAAACUCGACGUGUCAUUGCGCGACGAUUCAUAAUCCUUCAACUUCUGUCGUCACAAUUUACUACACUAAUUUUAACUCGUCUUAUAUUGCUCCUCUACAAAUACAGUCUGAUUAAUUCCGGCCGUUUGGCCAGCUUAAGGUUUCCUGUAUUUCAUCUUUAUUUCUUUUAUGUGCGGCAUGUAACCAAUAAAAUUCCGCUAUAAAUAUCUGGAUUUGGUUUCUCCCAUUUUCCAGAAUAUACGAGCAUUACCGAAGCCUGACCGUUUUGUCUCCGAGUCGGAUAUACAAAACUGUGAGCGUGCGCUAAGUGAAUAAGGCCAGUUACAUUCCUUUCGGUUUUUGCACUCACAAAUGGAGGUGAAUACCUCCCCGAACAUACUUAAGGCCUUUUUUUCAGAAGGCGGCGAGCAUGACAUACGAGAGGUGGAAACUUUUCAGGACAAAUUUGGCUAUCAACUUUAGUAGAAUAUGCGGCAAUUUUGACCAGUGGACGAACUUUUUGCAUCAGUCGGCAUAUGUAAAUGUCGUUGUGAUUUUGUCCGGCGAGAUAUUGCAGUCCAUUAAGAAAUCAUUCCAAUAAAGUCUACGCAUGUUCAAAUGCUACAAAGAAUCACGGCAAGCACGGGUAGGUGAUCUAGGGAUGCGAGCUUAUAGCACAAAUUUCAGGUAUAAGCGGAAUGUUACCAGGGUCUACAAAAUAACACCAUCUUGUCAUAGGCUUUGUGGAAACAGACCCUCCCAGGUUAUCCUGUAAGCAAACAUAAAUAUUUUACUUACUUUCGCAGACAGGAGGACUAUUUAAAACGUUGUUGUUAUUCCUUUGGAUGCUUGCGUCUAAAGAAAUCAGGGUAGAGAAACCAUGAUCAGGUAGAUCGGUGAAGUUUCUGUGCGUUCAAUGGUGAUAGGCAGAAACCGAUAAAACCCAAUGAAAAAUAUAACACACGCUUCAUCCCGCCAAAGUAAACACGCUACUGAUAUGGUUGAAGUGGCACCAUUGCAUUCGUAGGAAUUACAGAGGCGGAAGUGGAACCAAGACCUCCUCAACGUGUAAAACAAGAGGUGAUAAUACACAACAGUACGGCUAUCGUGACCGACGAUGUCCACCGUGUGCACUCCAGCAGGGGAGAGCAGAGAUGGUGAUUUGCGGCUGAUUUCUUCUUUAGUAAUUGGAAAUUUGUGUUCCAUCUGCCGCAUUCUCUCCUUUCUCGCCAGGAUCCGAUGCCAAGAUAGAGUAAAAAAGACCGGAGGCCGAAGAGGGCGCAGGUGGCUGACACGACGAAAAAACGCACAUAGGCGUACUAAUACACUGUCUUGUCCACAAAGAACAAUGACCAGGAUUUCAUACUGAGAAAAGAAAGGGCCACGGCUCGGAUCUCAACUGGCGUGGCGUAAACGUGAACCUGGGCUUGCUGCCACACCCUCAUUGUUGACACUCGUCACUAUUUCACUCGACUACCCGCUAGAUCUUGAUGUCACUUCAAAACAUUACCCGCCUGCAAUCUAAUAUUGAUAUAUUAUUCGUGAUAUACGGCAAGAAAAGUAAAAUUUCAAAAAACAGAGGUCUGGUGAAUUCUGCUUACACACAAAACAGACAGUGAUUACGCCUUUUCCACUCGCGUAGACUGCGAUCGGCUCGUCAAGUGGCCGCCAUCGGGUUGCAAAAACCAAUUUUGCGCGCAUAGGAGAACCACAUUCAGGCUCCGCACCUACCGUGGUCGAAGGUCGACUAACUCUGCAACUCUUCGCGCCCUUCCGCUCUCACCACGGCCCUGGUAUUGAUUGCUUUUACCCCCCACCCCUACAUUCCCACGCCCCACCUGUCUUUGAAGGCGAACUUUAAUCCAUUUCUCUUAUCACUAACGCGUUUUUACUUACCCCGUUCACACUUAAAGGUACUGGCUUGACGAGAAUUUAUCGAAAGCAAAUGUAUGCUCGCCAACUGGUAUUCUGAAUAAUAUUUCCACUGAAUAAUAUUGGCUGGAACAUAGGAAUGAGAGUUCCGACGGACCGGGGAUAUUAACAGUUUCAUUCUUAGGUGCUCGGAGAGUACCAUUCCUGCAAAGUGAGCACUUAAUUAGAUAGCGGAAAUACGAGGAGGUACCCAGAAAACGAAAAUUAUUGACUGUAUGCAGUUGGAUUGUCAUGCUGCCCUCGCCCGGCAGGUACCUUUAUAAGUCCUCUUCCUGCUCGGUUGGCCAAGCAGCGUUCUUGAGAAGGCCUCGCUGUGGAUAGAGUGAUUGUUUUAUUAAACCCCCUGCCAACGUUCUCGGCGACUUUGCGAUGGCAAACCUUAAGGGAAGACGCGACAACGUCAAAUCCUGCUUCCUGUCCAAGAUGGCUUGUUUUUCGACACCAAAGGAGCCGAUCACGUUGAAGUUGAUCUUAGUGGCAUCACAGUAGAUCAACAUUAUUAUCUGCGAAUGCUGAAAUAAUUGCAUAAGGCGGUGAGAAGAACGAUUGGACUUGCGGCGAUAGGAGGAUUGACUGCUUCAUCAUAACGGCGCGCCAGCCCACACAGCGUUCAAAAUCGACACGCUUUUGACGACAAACGGCAUAUAACCCUUUUUCAUCCACUCCUCCCCCCAACUGCGCCCGGCCUAGCCCUUUGCGACUACUUAUUCUCAACAACGAAGAUAAACCUAAAAGGAAAGCGUUUUCAAAAAGAAGAAGAUAUUUUACAAACUUAUUGGGGGAAACUUAUGAUCAUUAGUUCAGGAUAAUGUAAAAAAUGGUUCAAGAUGGGAAGAACCAUUUGAGCCAAGUACAUAUCAUCUAAUGGAUGGUGUUUUGAGGGGGAUUUAUGUUUUAAAGAUGUUAUACUACGUAAAAAAAUCAAAUAGUCCUCGUUCCUUCGGGUAACACAUCUAAUGCACAACAUCGACUUUGAUGUCUGUUUGGGUAAACAGUUGUACAGUGGAAUUUUGAAAAAGAGUUCAUAAAAUAGGAAAAAUAUUUCGGUGUCCGCCGGAGGUUUGGUAUUUUAUGUGCAAUACUUAUGGUAUUAAUAUCAAGAAAAGUGGCGCUGUAAAAGAGGGAUAUACUUAGAAAAUGAAUUUUUGAGCAGCGGUGAUUGUGAGAGCUGUCAAUUACAGUGCGCAUACGGUCUCACUGCAGCCACGUGCUAUAAAUACUGCACUCCUUGUGCCAUCAUCACCUUUUUCUGUGAAUGUCUCUGAUGAUAGAUUCCAGCGAGAAUCCGAAACGUCGGACCAAUAAAUUUCUUGUUCCAAUGAUCGCAUCGUCGUCUUCCGAACUGCCAACUGGAACUCGCCUAUUCGCUUCUAUCAGCAAUAUUCCUACUGCGAAAGUCGAUGCUUAUCAAAGGGGAACAGUCGAAUUGCCCUUAGCAAACUACCACGGUGUCGAAAGUCAAACUAUCCACUGGAAAUGAAAUUUACGUUGUGAAUGCGCGAUGGCUAUACGUAACAGUUCUUCGACAUAAGCGUUGACAUUCGAUUUCGCCAUUGUACGGAUGGUGACUCAGGUAGUUAAUAUUAGCAAAAUCCGGUUUAUCUUCCUAUGUAACCCAGCAGCUGUCUAUGGAGAAUGCAAAAUACCCACUGCAGGUCGCAUCUUAUAUUACUAUGCUAAAGGCAAAACAAGAUUGGCUGGAUGAGUAUAUUUAUAUACGGCAAAUCCCUUUAAACCAUCCACUACAUUUGUCGCCCCUCGUUGUACACAGUGAAUAUGUUAAUAUUCUCUUUAUCCAGGAGAUGCAAGCUAGCCUUCCGUUUUUGACAUAGGGCCCAACAAACGCCUUAAAUGGCUGGUGUAAGAUUUUGAGAAAGUAUGCGGAUACGGACCUGAUCCAGCGUAUUAUUCGGAUUUUUUCUGAACCGCUUUUUAUAGUAUUAUGACGAAAUCAGACUUUCAGUCAUCCAAGAGACCAUCUAUUUUUUCUCUGCAGUGUAUUUCUGAGGGUAACAGAAGUUCAACUGAAAGCUUUUUUAUACUUCCGCAAUUUAUGGGCAUCUAUACAAUGUUUCUAAAGAAAUUGCCUAGAAGAAAACAACAUUCACCCAGACGAGGGUAUGGUUUAUGGCCGGGGUUACUUACUCUGAGGAGCGACAUUUACUUCUACGUACCAGAUAAUGAAAUAAAAAGACAUCGCGAUGGCUGUUACUUCGAUAAGAUUACCGUGGCCUCUCAAACGGGCUACGUGGUAGAUGCGUUGGCCGAACACGGUGGCCAUAUCGGAUUCUGGGGGGCGUUAUCAAAUUGCGCACCAUAACAAAUGCCAACAUUUCUGGCUGCGAUGGCAGACCCGGUUGCCGGCGGACGUGGUGCAAACUGGCGCCCCUCCCGCCUUCCUUAUUGUUGUAGUUUUGGUCAAAAACGUGGUAAUCUGUUGUGUGUACCGGAACGUGUGGUGUGGAGCGCGAAGAUGCGGGCCCGACCGUGCCAUCCACUUGCACCCUCCCCAGAAUCCGAUCUUUUCGUCUGUAUUGACACGGGGUCCAGGUGGGGGACGAGGAAAGAGUGAAGUAGAUGCUGUGCAAGUCUACCAUCACUAUAAACUAAUUCACGUACAAAUCAUCAUCCUUGUUUCACUAUGUUGUGGAGUACAUGGCGGAAAUCGUCGGAAACGACGGCCGAACUGUCGUCUGUAACACAAAACGAAAAGAUUAAAGCACUUCACUAUUUCAUGGUAAGAUUGGAGUUCUGGACCUUUUCCUCGAACCAUGCUCUUUCUGCACUCAUGCGGUAAUCUAACUAAGAACACACGAAGUUGCCGCACACUUUCAUCGAGAGUUGAAACGUCUGUUCAUACCGUACGUUACCCUCAGAACUUUUUUCGCAGCCAUUUUGCAUUGCAAUAAUGGUUUAAAGUUUCUCUGUAUCUAGGAACCAAAAUUCUUUUGCGAACAUGCCGUAGAAAGUUGUGUGUCUUUCAAGCAGUCUAUGCUCAUGAUAUUGUCCAGGUGGUAGUUGGAGGCAGAUGCAGAACGGUAUCUGCUUUUGAAUUCAACCCAAGUUGUGUGAUCAGCCAGAGUCUAUGGUCACUUGAGCUUUAAAUGACUUUCCAAAAUCCAACCUCUGCAAAAGCCCUGGCCUUACACAGUGGAGUUCAAGAAGGAUGCCAUUAGCAUUGCCAUGAUGGGGGUAAAUGCAUCCAUGUUAAGCAAUGAUGGGCAUUACUGCCACUGGGCCUUCCAAAUCUUUCGGUCGUACAAAGUAGCUGCUGGUCCAGAGUUUCCAUACGAAACAGGACCUCUUUGCUCGUCAGUUAUACCUUUCAUUCACCCAAUAACAGUAAGGACAUAAAGUACUGUCUUUCACAACAUUUCACGUCGCGACCGAUUUUGAGUACUAGUUAGCUGAAAGUGACUUCGAUCUUCCUGAAGUCUGCUGACUUAGACCUUUAAACCCUAGAAUGUUCUCGACCUUUCUCGAAGCCAUUGAUGUCGGCAUGUGGGAUAAGGUUGUCGAUUUCUCCACUAAUGGACGAAGCUUAGAUUAUCUUAUUUUUUGUGAAGGCUGCUUACCUUUGUCAGUAUCAUCUACAGGCCCACUCGAGGGUUCUAACCACGACAUUGCUGUGUCUUCAUUAUAGCUGACUGUAUAUGGCAUUUCCCGUGGAUGAUCCAUUUUUUUUCGAUUUUCGACCGGCCCGUUUGAAAGAAUUGUUUGCAGAUCUCGGUUCUCUUGACUGGGCUGAAUUCUCCUUAUGAUCGGGUGUAAAUGGUUGCAUUGUUCAAAGUUAAGAUGUUUUGAAACCGCGUAACACUGGUUUUGUUCCUGUAUGUGAUGUCAUAGGUGAGUUCUUUCUUUCUCUAUCCUUUCGUUGUAGAAUACGAAUGUCCACCCGUGUUUUCCAUCUGGUAAACGCCAUUCCAAUUUUGCUCUUCAUUCUCACUGUUCUAAGCGAGCUAAUAAACUGUCUAAAGAAAAACGGCUAGCUUCUUGUUUUUUCUUCUAUUUUUAUAUUUAUCCCCGACUCAUCGUUCAUACCAACCUCGACUAAAACGUUUUCAUAUGCAGACAACUUAAAACUCGCGUAUCCUUAUAAUCUGCAUGUAGCAGCCGGCAUGCAGAGAAUAAUGAAGUUUCGUCCUAAAAAUCUUAGUGGACGAAGUAUUCAAUGGCAAGUGCCAUUUUCACCGACAAAAUUUUAUCCCCUGAUUUUUUGGCCACAGAAAUUUCCCAAUACAUUUCCAUGGUCAAAAAAUAAAAAGAAAUCAUCAAUAAAAGACUUAGGUCUGAUCUAUAGAAGUACACUUCAAUUAUUCGCCCACAACAGAAAGUUUUAUCGAAAGCUUGUGUGGAUCGUUCUGUAAAAAGUUCAUCUUAAAUACACUAAAGAAACAAUUUCAUAAAUCGCACUCUGUACAUUCCCUAGACUGCUGCUCAUUUUCCUUGGCAUAAUGCCAUCAUAGUGCUGAAAGAACCUAGAAGACAUUCAGAUACGCUUUGCUAACUUUUAUUCUAAACAUGAUGGUCCCCUAAUGGUUAUACAAUGAAUUGCAUAAAAAAUAUGGUUUCACGCGCCGCAAUCAGUAAGCACGUUCACUAAUAUUGAGCUUAGACGCCUGACGGAGAAAUGAAGGUCAGCUGCAUAACCUACGUGUUGUAAUCGAGUACACCGGGAAAUGACCUACCUCCGAUAGGAUCAUUCAUGAAGGCGCUGGCAGUCACUUCGGAGAAAACAGUGCCUAGUCAACCAUAAUGAUGUACAGCAACUAAAGGUAAAUGUGGCCGGCAGUCUCAGAGCAAUACAGGAGAUCACCAUCCCUGCCAAGGAGAGAAACGUUCUUCCGCAUCUGUCACUGUGCGUCUUCUAGACAUCCAAUAAAUUCAUUGGUCUGCUGACUACCCAAUUCGACUUUACACAGGUAGUUGUAUGCAAAUAUACUUAUUCACGUAUCUGCCUAUAAUGGUUUCUGGGUGAAACGCCCUUCUGUCGUUGGAUGGUGAACAUCAAAAGAAUUUGCCAAGAAUCUCCUGACUAAUCUACACGACUGCCUAGUGCCCUAGUUGCUGUUGGGGAGGAUUCACCGAAAAGCGAUCGUUCGUUUGCUGCCCCCUGCUCGGUGUCAAAUUUUGAUAUUCACACUUACAGAUGUUUUCUCGGCUAAGCGCCGGAUUUAGGCAGUUCGUAAAACGGCCAGUGGGUGGUUUAACGAAACUAAACACAUGUGCGCCGGUGGAUCUGAACGUCAGGAGACUGCCAAAAAGUUAAAACAGUCGCUUUGAUUUAUACCUAAACUUCAGCUUCUGGGAUCCACCAUCCAUGCCACGUUUUGCCCACCUUUGUCUCCCUCAGAUGAUACGUCAGUUAGGCUAAGAAGCCUACCACAAUUUCUCUUUAUCUAACCAAUUUAAUAUCUGUUAUUAUUUUAGCAGCAUUGGACUGAAAUGAACAUUAUCGAAAGAUUUAACUACUUAGGUAGUAUUAAGUUAUCGCCCUUAUUUUAGAUAGAUUGUCUACUGAUUAUUUUUAAAACCCUAACUGAGCUAAGUGUGACCUACGACAAGUUCCUUUCGUUUGCAGGAACCUGGCGAAGCGACCAAAUGGGUCCCUUUAAAGGAACAACUUCCUGGACUACUUGCUUGUACAUGUGACACUUGCGAAUGUCUUUACCGUGCGUUUAAUAUUUUGCGAUUUAUCGGUAAAACCUCCUGCCGCACUGAAUCCUAUCAAGUGUUCUAUGUCGAUAUCAUAAGUAAACUAAAAGCAAACUAGGAGUGGCGCACCACCACUGACUUUUUUCGGUGAAGGGGCUAGAGAGUGUCACAUCUGCCCAUGCCGCUCCAUAGUCCUACCUAGUAGCCCCCAUUAUCCCCUCAGGGCGGGGUUAGUGCUUACAAGGCAUUUACAGUUUUCACUUGUCGGUUCAUUUAAGUCCAAUUAACCAACAAAACACACUACUGAACGAUGCAGUUGGAUUUAGGAAACGAAUGCUCUGGCAAAUAACCAGAGACCCAACACGCUCAUCGCAGGUGAUUAUACCUUCGGCCAAAAUCAACAUUCCCAUGGUCCAAGGCAGGCAGAAUAUACUUGAGCCCAAAACGGCUUAGCACGUAACACUAGACCUUACAAUAAAUAGAACACAAAAGUGCAUGAAGUCAGUGGAAACCGGAAUGGAUAAGUUAAUUUUAAGGCUCUUUGCUCUGACGACCCUCUGCGAGAAGACGUUCCGUCGGACGUAUUUAUGAAAGGACUUCUCUGCAGUUUAAAAGAAUGACCAAACAUAUGGUCCGUCUCGACCAGUUUGAAGAAAUCAUCAGAUUGUCUGUAACUGAUAGGGAAAAUUAUAAUCAGCCAGUCUGGCAUCGUCAGGCAGCCGAUAAAGAUUCUUCUCCAUCUUCGUAGCACUCGCCUGAACUCGCUCCAGCUGCUAAUAACCCUUCCGAAACCAUGGACGCCAAGCCUAAAAGCCUACUUCAGGCGAGACCAAAUAAUUUUUUGGUAAUUUUUUUGAACAUCUUCUAAUCAAUUUGCACAUAUCCUCCUAUCAGUGAUAUUAACACCCGUGUUGCGCGUUCAGCUGCAUCUAGGCACUGUGGCGAUGAUUUUCCCAGUUCUUUUACACCACAUUCUGGUCGAUUUUAUCCACCUUUUGCGUAGCUUAUUUUCUCAACAAAUGGCUUCUUUUUAUGCAUCCUUUUGACGCUGUUCUUCUUUUGCAAAUGCGCCAUACGCAGACUAUUCUAUUUCUGCCAAACGCCUUGUGGCCCCAACUGAACUUUAAACAUGUACCCAUCUGUGUAAAAAUAUUAGAAAAGCAAAAGGUCAACAAAUGCCCUGCUAAAUUAAGAAGUCAGCCUAGAUUUCCUUCGUCUUUCGACGGCUUAUUUUACUGCGCUGGAAUUCAAGUAAAAGAAAGGAAUAUCCCGCUUUCUGGUUGUCGGCGUUCGUUCGCCACUCCACUGCACCCUGUCACUUCGGGUAGUAACGAAAUCGUAGCUCUUUACUGAUAUAGAUACGUCAUGUUUUUAAUAUGUGGUGAUAUUCUAGUGGGAAGGCAAGUCGUAUACAUAUGGGACAAUUUUCCGCGUGCGCGGUAGCAGCAAGUUUAGUAUAUUUGAGGAAAACGUAGGUGUUGAACUCUUGAACUCGCUGUUUUUUACAAGGAAGCGAGUUAUAUCAAAAAACGAAAACAUCAAACAGCUACGGAAACUUUUUCUUAACCGGACAGAUGGACAAAUUGUUCAAGUGUUAAAUGAAUAAACAUUGUAGCGUCUAAUAGUCAGUCUGUGCACAAUUGCACCUUAGAAUUCCAAUAUCUGUGUGCCAUGUAUUGAGAAAUAAAAACUCAUUUUGUCGGUAGACCUCAGGGGACAGCUUGUGUCUUGAGGGUUUCAGCCAAAAAUGGCAGCAUUGUUCCCCGUAUCUACGUUUGCGCAGGCAGAUUUCUCUACAUUUUGAAAGUCCUGCUACUCCUUGGGUGGAACAUUAGGCCUGUGUAGAGAUACGCAGAUUCCCUCAGUUCGCCCUUAUUUCGCUCCGCUUUCCCGGCUGUUCCUCGUCCGGACGCUACUAAGCGUUAAUCUGGCGCUGGCUUUCGCACGAUACCCAUUCGACAUCUUGCGGAGUAUCCUCUGUCACUAUCUACAAGAUCUUUACCCAAUAUUUCCUGCUCAACUUUAUGACUUUUGUCCAUCAUGCGACAUUUGUUCUUUCGGUUUUUAGUGGUUAUUGAGAUCUUUAUUUCUCCGGGCUUCUUGUACUUCUCUGCUAUGCAGCCCUUGCACAACGCGUCACUUCUCGACUUUCGCUCAUACUUUUUUACGUGAUCUCUAGCCGUCUGUUGACUUUUGCACCUCCUAUUGUCUAAUCAACGUUAGCUGAAUUUUUCGACUUGCCUCUGUUGUCCUAGAAUACACAUCCCCACGUAGACACCACAACCGCUGUCUCCAAAUCCUGACCGAAUUGACAUUAGGAACUUACUAAAUUUACCCUCUGCAAACGAUAAUCUGACCUUUUCUAUCGGUUCUACUGCGACCUUUACCCUCAUGGGGUCAAAAUGUGCAUCCCACUGUCUUGUUAUUUUCGUCGUUUUCAUUGUUUUGCAGAAUAUCAAACACUUAUCAACUCAAGCCGUUUUUUGCUCUUUUUAGGUCGGAGGGACCUGGCGCCGCACCUGGGAUUUCUUUGA